AUGAGUACGAAUUUGACAGAGACUUUGAGAACAACAGUGAGGUCUACGAGGAGAUAUACUCUCCUCCACAUGGAUGGCUACAGCAACGCUCUUGUCACACGGAGGUCACCUGACUUCACCCCGGAUUCUGAAUUUUGGUAUCCGAUUCCGCUCCGAGACGAUGCAAGGUCUACGGAAACCCUGCCUAAUGCGCGUUACAUCUCUGGCCGUACCGAACGCACCUGGCUAUCCAGCGGUAAAUCAUUUACGUCCACUGAUGGACAACGCCACUGUUUGCCCCUGCAUGGCACAAAUGGUGCAGUCGCUGGCGUUCUCUUUCCGUGCAUAAACGGGGCCCGAAAGAUCGUUCCUGGUAUGCGGAUUGAGCUAAUUGCGCUGUCAAGGGGCGCUCAGGAUGUUAGUGACCAAGACGAAGAUGAUCUCGAGGAAUGGCAGUGCGAUCCUUCACUGAAAUUUGACGAGAUGUAUGCCUACUAUCAUGUUAUGUGGAUUGAGUGGGACGGCGCUGUUGCAUUUCGAAGCGGUACUGGACGUGUUAUUGAGGACGUCUGGGGAAGACAACUAAAGGAGUGGAUUGAUGUUACUAUUGGAUAG